AUGAGUAACCCAGCCGACGAACGCCCGACCCCCCCUGCGGCCUUGAACAGGUUGGAGGUGGAAACAGCAUCUACCACUUCUCUUCCCAUCUCGUUUCCCUACCUCUAUAUAACGGAAGGAUCAAACUCAUUCGACACAUUCAACCUCCUCAACAGAACCAGCAGCAACGAGGGGCCCAAGUAUCCCAACACCUCACACAUUAACGCCCCUGCCAGUACCGAACCCACUUCCAAUUUAGUUUCUUCCAACAAGGCAGCUACACAACCCGUCCAGCCCUCGGACGACUCGCUUUUCAACCAGGUGCCCAAACGGUUUUCCCAGUUCAUCUUGGACCAGCAGAACCCGUACGUUUCUCAGCGAUUGGACAACUUAUCCGCGGUUUCUCCAUCUUUGGGUAGUGACGAUCCACUUGCAAAGACAUACAAGCGGACCUACUCCUCCAGCUCGAAAAAAACCAAGAUUUCAUCCCACUCCAGACCAUCUUCAUCACCAUAUACCCCCCAUUCUAACACUUUGUCCCGAGAAAUAUCAAACUCGAUGGGCUCGCAGGCCACAAUUUUCUCCACUAGACAAGAACAAGAGGGGUUGGGUCUCAGAUCUCGUUCUAAAAAGAGCAGAAAAUCCAAGAUUAAUGGCCCUAGGUUCACCAGAUCCAAGUCUUCAAAAGUUAAGGCUCAGCUUUAUGCCAUUGAUAGUUCCAACUCUUCGUUGGAGAGAAGGAAAGCCAUUAAAUUCAAGAAGGGGAGCAUACUUUACAGAAUUAAAAUCCGGUUAGAGAGAUUCCUUAAAAAGAUGAAAUCUUUGAGAUUCCAUAAUUUUAAGGUAUCAUCUAAGAGACCUGGCCAAUCUAGAAGUAACUCUGUCAGACGCAAUAAGAGCCUUCGCACUGCCAAACUCGGCAGCGGCGAAAAGAAGCCUCUCAUCAUUUCGGCCCCAUCUACCAAUCCACACCUAGGAAGGGGAGGCGUGGAAAGAGUCAAGGAGUUGGACGAUGCUCUCAAGUACCUGGCAGGUGCUCCACAGGAAAAUGUCAAUAUUGGGGUUCCACCACAAGAUACUGGCAAAUUGAACCACUUGUCCAGCUAUAUUGAUCAGCAACAAUCCGAUUAUGUUAGUUCUAUGAGAAGAAAAUCCGAGCAAAGCUCAGUCAACUACAGCAAGAAUAAUUUGCUUGACCCAAGAAGAUUUGAUGCCAACAGAAACGAGUUCAUAAUUCCACACAGAGCAGAAAGUGAGGCUGGAGCUAGCGAUACUGCAGAGAGCGAAGCACCACCUCCACCUCCACAUUUAGUAGACAAGGAACUUGCUCCAAUUGCCAACAACCCUGCUGUGCAAGGUGACAUGGUUGAUUUAUGGAGAAAGUACUUGACGGCUGUUCUUUGCAAGAGAAUCCAGUUGAGACAAGAGAUCAACAUGUUCCAAUCUUUCGUGGCUUCUAAGGCUCAAGAUACUUUUGAAGGGCAAGAUGACAUCCAAAGUGAUGUGAAGGAUUCUCUCUUGCAAGCAGAUAUCGAUGUUCAAAGUGACUACUCGUCCGCUGGCUCCCCAUCUGUUAUCUAUACUACAACCGAUUCUGAAGGCACGGCCGAUAUAUUUGUGGAUCCUCCUGCAGAGGAAUUCAACAAGACUUACUUGAACAGAAGAUCGAUGUUGGGUGAUAUGCUAGAGUAUGAUUCUGAUGGGGAGCUGGAUUCUUCCUCAGUUAAUACUGAAGCAACAAAUGAGUUGAGCAUCACACAGUCCGACUUGAGCGUCAUCAAGACGUAUGGUACUGUGUCAAGAAGAAAACCUGUAAGAGAUAGAAUGGAAUCACAGUCACUGACCUCCUCCAUGAGUACAAUCAGAAGAUCAGUUGCACACCAAUAUAAUCUCAGUGCAUUGGUUCGAUAG